AUGCUCCAACACCUGGGUCUACUGCAUCAUUUCACAUCCUCUACAGCUCUGACACUCUCUGUCAAUCGACAGGUUCAGAACCUCUGGCAGGUCGACAUACCACGAAUUGGAUUCUCUUUCCCCUUUUUGAUUCACGCCAUUCUGGCCUUAUCUUCGAUGCACAUAGCUCACGAGCUACCUGACCAGAACAAGGCCCGGUGGGCAUCGGGCAUUGAGCUACAACAGCAGGCUGUGACGGAUGCACAAAAAGCAUUGGAUAAUGUUACAACUGAAAAUUGCACCGCCGUGUUUCUUUUCUCAGCACUGACAUGCAUAAUCUCGCUUGCACGCGGCUGUGGCCACUCGCCCAAAUGUGGACCUGAUACCGAGCAGCCAACUGAGAUUGGCUGUGAGAGCUUGAUUGAAUGUGUUGUUCUUUACCGCGGCACGAGACAUCUGCUCGGCCCCCCGUACGAUCAAGUGUUACAUUCAGGUCCAUUGAAGCCUAUGUUCGAGGUUGGAUCUGAACGACGGACACGGCUUCUCGAUCCCUUUAUGACUCUGGAUACAGACCAAUCCAGCGCGUGGUCCAAACUGCGGGCGGCGAUAUACGACCAUGUCAAAGAUACGGAAAGGCUAGAUGUCUAUGACAGCACAAUCGACCACCUGCGGCGAGCCUUUCGCGCUGUUUAUGAUAAACCGCUGGAAGAACUGGAAAAUAUGGACGUCUUUGCCUGGAUGUUUGCUAUAUCAGACAAAUACGUGGCUUUGCUCAGGCAACACGAUCCGAUUGCUCUGGCGUUGUUUGCUUGCUUUGCUGGUCUGUGCCCCUUUUCUCCAGUCCCCAUCAUGAUUGCCAUCGACGACGAAGCGGUACCCAUCAGUUGGCAGCAUCGCACGCCUCCGCCCGAGUUUGAAAACGAUUUCCGCUCAGAUGCGGCCGCAUCCCGCGCGCCUUUUCAGUUCUUCAUUCGAAUCGAACUCAAGAAUCGUUCACAAGAUGGACCCGCCCAUGCCGGCACCAAUCUCGGAGCCAUCAAGACCUUCCAGCUAUCAUACCGACAGGACUACUAUCCUCGCUGCCUGGAGGUUAUUCGAUCCCGCCGCAUGCCCUACACCCUCAGCUUGUCGAUGCAGUCAGUGCAAGCUCCAGUUGAGGCAACCCGCUCGAUGGGGCGAAUGCUCUUUGCAUUACUUCGCGAACCGCCCGACCUCAUCUGA